AUGGCAGUAUCCGUCAGAGUAGAAAAGAUCAAAGUUUUUGGAGAUUCUUCAGUUGUGAUUUGUCAGACUCAAGGGAAAUGGAAGACCAAGGACAAAAAGCUGAAGCCUUACCAAGUAUAUUUGGAGAAGGUGGCUAAAUGUUUCAAAGAAAUCUCUUUCGAAUAUUUGCCUAGAGAUAGCAAUCGGUUUGUGGAUGCCUUAGCUACUUUAGCCUCCAUGGUGGAAUGUGAUUCUCGGGACAAGAUCCGACCUUUUCUAGUGGAAAACAAAACUAGCUCGACAUAUGGAGAGCCAGUCAAUCUACUCACUGAGGAUGGAAGGCCCUGGUAUGUGCCAAUAGUUGAUUAUAUAAGAGAAAGGAGGUACCCUAAACAUUUCACAGAAGGGAAGAGAAGGCAUUUGCAGAAACAUGCCACUCAAUUCAUCCUCCAAGGAAGCCUGCUAUAUAAAAGGUCUUAUGAUGGCAUCCAACUGUUAUGUGUAGAUGAGGAACAAGCUCAAACCAUUAUGAAAGAAAUCCACCAAGGGAUCUGCGGACCGCAUAUGAAUGCAAAAAUGCUUGCCAAAAAGAUCCUCAGGAUGGGGAAUUAUUAG